UAAUCGUUUGCCGUACAAAACAAAAGCAAACUUAACCUCUAGUAACCUAUAUGAGAAUGUUGUGAUACAUGUAUUUAACUAUACACAUAGCCAGACAGGAGUUCUUUAUGGCGUUUGAAUAGGCUCUAGACAACACCAACAAACAAACGGUGAUCAUCGCGCUAGAGUUUACGUUUCGUUAUUACGUGCGAUAAUCACAUCCCGGGAGUUCCCCCAAAAUUGAUAACAUGAAAUCACCGGCCUCCGGUCUUUGGAUGGAGCAUCAUCUUUAACCCAAGAUUAGUUACAAGCUAGCAGCUGUGCAAGAACGUUCAUUUUUAACAAGUGCAACAAGCCAUGGGGAGCAAAGUAAACCCCGCACAUUAUCAACAACUGCUUGAUGGGUCGUUCGGUGCUGAAGUAGAUGUGUUUCGUGCGAAAGUAUCUAACCGGCAGAUUUUGCUGGUAAAGCACCAGCGAUCGUUGCAUUGCUUCCGGCUGGAGCCGUUCGGAACACUGUCCGGUGAAUGGAAAGAGUUGUGGUCCCGAGAAGGAUUUUUCGAUGGAAAGAACCGUGAGUUUCGUAGCUCUUUUUUCGUCCAUAAUGCUGGCUGGGUGUUGGUAAGAAAUCGCCAAGGAUUGCAGUUUUACCGCAUGGAAGGAGACGAUCUUGCCUUGCGCCAUUAUUGCUCUGAUGGCAGGUAUCGGGAUAUGUACGGGUGGAAUGAUUCCGGUACUGUUUUUGUGAUGGGCCACAUUUUUGCUGACGAUACGACGAUUGGAGUGCUGGCGCGAAAUAAACGUGGAGUGGUGCAGUUUGAGCAGAUGGUAGAAAGUGAUGUGCUUAAAGGUGGAACCCAACCCUUGUGGAAGCUGUACGAUCCUCCGAACCUACCCGCCACGUGGAAGCUCAAUAUAACCUGGCUAGGUUUGGCGAACAACGGUGGCAGUGCGAAGCAGUCAUCGAUCAUUGAACGAUCAUUAGGCGCAAUAAGUGUUUACAAGCUGGACCAAAACUACACUCCACAGAUUGUUGCAAGUGUCGCGAAUGUGCCUUUUACCUCAUCUGCCGAUGAACGUAUCUUGUUUGGAACUAUUUUCGGCACUACCAAUGACGAUGAUAUGUUACACCUUAACUCGAGUGGAAUGUUUCUGUACGAACGGGAGAAUACAAAGUACCGGCCAGUGUCGCAAAGUUCCCAGUUGGUUACGUUUGGCUGGGGAAGGAAACACUGGAACAGCGCCAGCCUGAUCGAUGCGGAUGGUGAUGGAAGAGAUGAACUUUGGCUAACAGGACCGCAUGGUAUCGUAAGCUUUAAACUGUCUAAAGAGGGAUUUGAAUGCUCUUCCUCUGGUUCGGGAUACAGUGAUGAGGUACGUCAUUCCACAAUGAUCCAAACACUUGCCGGGAGAGAUAACGCCAGAGCAAUCGCUAUCAGUGGCAAGCAAAUCAUCUCCUUUCGACUUGCUUCAUCGAAACCUUCAACGUGUGAAAUAAACGAAACCAGUGAAAGUGUCCAACCUGCGCUGAUAAAUGACGACCUUCAAUCCGUUUUUGCACUAAACACACAAACUGGACCACUGGUGCAGGCGUCGCUGGGUGAGCAGCUUGACACAUCGCUGUUGUUUGAGCCGAUAAAUCCUAUGACCGGGAACUUGGCCUUCGGUAUCCCUCUGUUCGUGGUUGGCAAACUGUUCAAACUAUCCACCGCUAAGUACAUCACGUAUCAAGAAUCUGCCAGCAUGGCCGGGUCGAUGGGCGUUGGCUGGUCGCUUCAGAUGGAUUGCGUUUACAUUGAUCGGAGGAACAGCAUCUUCCCCCAGGAACAUCGCUACUACCUGGUCAAGGAUGGGUCCUCGAUUUUACUGACAAAAAACAAAACUUCCCAUCAUGCUGCAAAUGAUCCAGUUACCACCUUCACGAUUGAAUCGAACGAUCAGAUGACUGUCUCAUUUAACCGUGCCCUAAACCAAUGGAUUGUUGAGGAUGGCAACGGAGAAAGCUUUAUCUACGGAACGUACGGUAGCAAGAGCGCCGUUCAAAUGGAAACAGGAUCUGAAGACUGGCCUUUUCCCAUCAAGCGUACUGAUAGCAAGGCACAGUAUCCAUCUGUGUGGCACCUGAUAAGGCACGUCGAUCGAGCCGAACAGUGGUUAGAGUAUUCUUAUGUAAAGGACUCAUCCGCGCACGAAUAUCAGUUGGAUUCGAUUAUCACCAGCAACGAGGCAUCGCUGCAACUCUCCUAUUCAAAUCUCUUCAACAGCACCCUUCUGACCGGCUUCACUAUUCGCACCCCGAGCUACAUUCAAUCGGCUACGCUGCAUUACGCGCAACAGGAUGAAAAGGUUCGCUUGAAGCGCAUCGCACAGCAAAGCAGCACCGUGUUAGAAUUUAGCUACGACGGACCGGAUGGUGCGAUGAGCGAAAUUAUUUAUCCGAACCGUUUGGCAGCUAAGUUUGACUACACGCUGAUCGAAAUCGACCGCAAUGUGCUGAUGAACCGCUUCGCUACACACUCCCGUCCUCGGACAGCUUACGGGCCGGGGUAUCUUUUGAUCGGUGACAUCACUACGCAAGCCCAGGUGAGGCUACGCAUUGCGGAUGCUCUCGGUACGGCCACCGUACCGGUGGCUAAUGUAUCUUUCCCUGCGCUGGGAAAACUUCCGGUGAUCGACUACGAGAUGUUUACCGGGGAGUCUUUCUUCGCCGUACUGCUUCACCACGGCGAAGGCACUCAGCCCGAGCUAUGUCUGUUUCACACUGAAGCGGACGUUUGGCAGUCGACUCCUACCUACAUAAAGUUGCCUAAGGACACAUCGAUUCACACCGGGUACGAUUUUCUGCUUGCCGUACAACAGCACCGCAUUACAGUUGUUGAACGGCAGAAUGGCACCUGGAAAGCAUUGAAACCGUUCGACAUGGAAAAGUCGUCAGUAAAACACUUCUUUUCGCACGGCUUUCUUGUGUACAACGAUCGUCAGCUAAGCAUGUUUGUGCGACGAGACGACGGUCAGUGGGCACCAAGCGUACUGUCGUUUCCGUCCGAACUGCUGACCAGCAGCACAUCCGUGUUUGAUCGUUUCGAACACCCGGAGGAAAUUCUUCGCAACUUCAAGCAAGGUAUUAAACUCGACGCGCUAAGAAUGUUCCACAACGUGGUCGUAUUCCGCUCAUUACAUCUCGACGGUCUAAAGCUGUACGCCCGUCUACAUCUUUUGCACCUGAACUGGAAGCAUGAAGUCGUUCGCCCGACGGUGCUUGACAUUCUCAUCGAAGAUCUUGCCACGUACACCUUUAAUCCUCCGGAAGCAGAUGGAAACGUGUUUGAGUUUGGUUAUCGGUUGGAAGAUGGUGGCAAAUUCCACCUGAAGGUUAUCAGCCAUCGGGGCAAGAUAAUGGACGAAGUCGCAAAGAUUAAGGAAAGGAUCGAGCAGGACAUCCGCGAGCAGCCCAGAGCUCCGGAAGCAGAAAAGCAGCGCUAUCGGAAAGAGGCUCACGAUAAGCUUAAUGCCGAACUGGAGGAGCUGUACCGUAACAUCACCUCACAGAUCCCAUUCGCAAUCGAUCCUGCCAAGUUCGGUGUGAUUGUGAACGAUGCGCACGUCAUUGCUGCCAGCCACAAGGUGCUGUACGAUGGUGUUGACUGGACGGCGGAAAGAAUUCCACAGGAGGAGCUUACUCUCGACUGCAUCUCCAUCAAGCUAGGGCCAUCCCACCGGUUGGUGAAAACGCAUCGUAAUGCAACAUUCGAUUUGAUCGGUCCGAACAAUGUUGCCGUGUUUAAUACGGACACCAACAAUGCUACUGCAUUGCACGUCCGAUAUCCCGCGUUUCUGGCUGUGCAAUUGAAUGAAUCGGCGGCCGUGCAGCUGUUUAACUUUGAGCGAAGCGAGCUAACGACCCUGCCGGCAGACGAGAUGUUCGACACCAACAGCAACCCGUUGGCCGUUAUCAGCACCACCACCGAUGGCAAGAACGUGUACGUCCGAUCGAUGGAUUCGUUUGGCAUGACGCGGAAAAAUGUGGUCUGGCGUCAUGAGUUUGUGGACAGUGGAAAGAGAAAGCUAACCAACUACUACGAGUUCGCCGCCAACAGUGCUAAACCUUACGAGGGAGGAUUUUUAAUGGGCGAUGUGAAAAUUACUCCCGCCAGCCUGGACGCUCGGUACGGAUGGUUCAAGGUGCAUUAUGAGUUUGCCAACAGCACCAAGAGCACCAAAUCGGUGUACAAUGCUGCCGGGGAGUUUGUCAAAUUCGUCGAUCCUGUGGGCACGGAUGGAAGCAAACCUUACGAUAAGGACGGCGUGUUAAUGGCACGCGAUGGGAAAACAAUUGUGGCCGAUUUUCGCCCGUUUCGGCUAUCCGAGGAAGUGGUGUCCUACUACGGAUUUGAACCAUACGAGCAGAACGUAAUUGGCAAUGAAGGGCGUCGCUGGAAAUGGAAUGAGGGUGUUGUACGCAAAGAGCAGGGCAACCAUUUUCUGCACCUGAAUCGUUUGAACACUCUGAGCUCGACGUUUGAGCCGAAGAUACAUUUCGAUUCGUUGAUUGUUUCUUGCUGGUUAAGGGGGUCCGUGGGUCAACAAGACAUCGGCAGCUCACUUACUGUCCAAUACGGGGGGAAAAAAGUAAAGGGAACGGCUGGGUUUUCCAUCAAAGGGUGGACGUAUGUUGAAGUAAUAGUCGUUGAGAGUACCGAUCGAAUCGAUGUUAAAAUUUCACCAGGAAGUAAUGCCUUCCUUGAGAUAGAUCAUGUGAGGUUGUUUCCUGCCCAACUGAAUCUGAAUGUUCAUAUUUACGACACCACCUUGGCAUUGGAACGAUCGACGCUACACCCCUCCGGUUUGUUAUCGCAUCGGCUUUACGACGUCCUGGGCAAUGAAGUGGGCCAAAUCAAUGAGCAAGGAUCGAUCGAACAUUUAUCUAUUGCAUCGAGGACCGACAAUGCGCGUAUCGAAAUGCAUCCCGCGUUGGGAGAAGUUCUGGAACCAGCAGCGCACAACACUUACCAUGGCUCAUUCCGGUACGUUCCCGAAACAGCUGUUUUACGAUUUCGAUAUGGCGGAACAUCACCAGCAGGCAACAGUCGAGUGGAGCUGGGUGCAAUGUCAUUUACGCUCGAGCUAUCCAACGAGCAAGCCACACUGAGCGCACAGAGCAUAGGAGCCUCCAAAACCACCAUACCGCACGAAGGUGAUAUGGCGAUCUUCUGCAGCAACAAACACUACAGCGUUUGGGUUGAUGGGCAGCUUAAGAUGGAGAACUGGGCGACCAAAGAAAUGCGUUUUGAGCGUUAUAAAAUCCAAAGCAAAAAUGUUAACAUCUGGGAUGCAAUGUUGCUGUACGACGUGAGUGUAAAGGUUAUCUAUUUGUCCGAUUUUGGUAUGCCGAAGCAAGUGCUGGAGCUGAAGGAAGCAGACGCCAUUGCCGUGCAAGAAAUCGUGUACGAUGAGCUAAAUCGUCCUGCUGUUAAAACAAGGUGGACCGAAAUUAGCAAUGCUAAUUCGUCGUCGCUCUUUGGCUACCGACGCCAUUUCAUCGAGCAGGAGGAACGGUUUUGGAAGACAGGCCAAAUGGAGGGUGAAGUCACGCGCUUGAACCAGGAUUGCGAAGGUUUCCCGUACAGCCGAACCGUUUACGCAGCUAACCCGCUAGAAGAAAAAGCUGAACAAUCCGUGCCUGGAAAGGCGUUCGUUAUCGGUAGUGCUUUUGCAAAACAUUUCAACAGCAAAGAGCGAAUUGAUUUUCUGGAAAAUCUGUUCCCCACCGUCGAUGGGUUUCACUACAAGCACGAACGCUAUCCCGAUCAAUCUCUCUACGUCGCGGUGCACGAUCGGCGCAAGCUAAAGGCGGCAGACUAUGUGCGAACGCAUCAUGGCGAUCAUCAUCUAACUACGUACGCGUAUGAUGCCGAUGGUCGAUUAGCUUUGCAACUGCCUCCAGCUUACCACGAGCAGGCAAACACUUUCUCACGCACUAAUCCCUUUUUCGGAGGCACAUUUUCGUCCGAACAUAAGGAGUUACAACGGUCUUGGGGUACGUGGUACGAGUACGAUCGAAAAAGGGGUCUGAUGACCGUCAAAAGAACUCCUGAUGCGGGAAGCACCCGGUAUCUGUACACACCGGAAGGUUUGUUGCGGUUCGUCGUGCAGCAGAACAGCAGUAACGUCAUGUACUACAGCUACAGCUCCGUGGGUGAGUUGAGCGAAAGAGGCAUUGUGCCAUUAGACACCCAUGAUCUUACGCCAUAUUUACCAAACGACUCGCCAUUGCCUGCCUCAUCAAGUUUCAUUCGGUUUAGUCACGGGGACAAGGAUGUGGCUCCCAUCCACCGGCAUAGGCUGGAAAACGUUAAAAAGGUUACCAACGAUCAUGUGCUCUCUGAACUGCUGUUCUUCGAUCACCGCGGACAGCUAACCAGCAGCGCACUGUACACGAGCGGCGAUGUUUCUCUGGGCAUUAGCUACAAGUACAAGAAAGACCUUAUCCACGAGAUACACUAUCCGGCCACGGUAAGGGGGAAAAAGUUUCGUCUACGAUACGACUACGAUCACCGUGGAAAGUUGAUCGGUAUCGUGAACGCUGCUACUGACGAAAAGUACGUUACGAUUGAGAAUAACGGCAUGGGGCUGCCGAAGCGCACGCUUGUUCAACCGAACUCGCCACAUGCAUAUGUACGCACGUUUCAUUACAACCAGCCAGGAUACUUGACAAGGAUAGCAGAUCCAUUCCUGACCGAAACGAUCGACUACCUUGGCACGGGGUAUGGUGGACGUCCGAUUGGUGAUGGUACCGUGCAGGCAACCCAUUUCAAUGCAACCUGGCACGCACAUAGCGAUGCAAAACAGCUUAAGCUGAAACCUUCUCACUUGGGAACGGGACGAAGAGCAAAGUUCUGCUACGACGCUCUGGUGACGGCAGGAUAUCUAGAUCCGGCAGGACGUCCGUUGAAAAGUUUCUAUCCCAUGCUGGAGCUACGGUUACCCGUUGUAUGCCGGCUCGGUACGUUCGGUCAUCAGGUUGGGGCCAUUUUAAAUGGACGAGGAUUUCCGCAAACGUAUGGCCACCGAUACGAUUACGGGAACCAUCGACAGUUGAUUCGGGCCAAAUACUUUCAAAAUGCCGCCGAGGAGCGGUACAACCCACUGCGAAGAGAAACCUUUGCAGAUAUUCCAGGCAUAUCUGUGGAGAGUUCGGAAGACAUAUGGCAAAAGCUAAGGGAUGCUGGUUUCCUGCACACUGACUGCAGUACUAACAGUGCGAUGGAUUGUCAUGGUAUGCCCGGGAAGUCCCUGUUCCAUCCUACAAUUGCAAGUCACCCGAACGCACUAACACUAGGCGGUUUGUUGGUUCGCGUCAUCACACAGCGCAAAAACCUAUCGAAGAGCUUAUUUGAUCAACUGUGCAGCGUAUGGUAUCAGGACGAUAUUCCGGAAGCGAUAAGCAGCACAUGCACCGCUAUCUGGAAGAUGCUUUCUGAAGCAGAAUUCAUUGGAGCAAAGUCCAACUUUGGCAUGACAGCACUUAAUGGAGAAUUGCGUGCUUUGCUGAGUGACUAUAGCACACAUCUGCCAGCAAUCAUCGGCGUUCUUUACCAAACAUUUUCCACCGCACUGGGCUACAGUUCGGCCGACGUUCAAUCGUAUGCCAUCGAUGCGAAUGGCAAUCAUCGUCUCUUCUAUACCGGGUUUCGACGAUAUCGAUUGGAGUAUACGAAAAAUACGAACAAAAUAGCUGCCGUCUAUCGUACAAACCUGGGCAGUCGAUCGGGUCUUGAAGAAGUGCGCUUCCAGGUCGAGCACAACGAGGAAGGCAGCGUUACUCGGGCCACACACAAAGGCAUCGAACGCAUCGUCUACGAUCCACUGUCCAAUCGAGCAACCGAAAUUACGUUAACCGACGGCAGACAACUAAAAUUCGACUACAACGUUCGGGGCCAUCGUUUGUACAAGCAGGUGUAUGAUCGUACGGGCAGGCUAAUCAGGAAGAAGUACUACAUCCGUGAUCUACAAGGCAAACCAUUGAUCGAAUAUGAAGCCGUCUACAGAGGCAAAGAAACCGAAGCCGACGCACUGCCCAACGCGCGGGCAACGGUGUUCCUUUACGCCGAAGAUCGCCUGAUAGGUUUCAUGCGCAAUGAUCAGUUCUACAGCGUUGCGCUCGAUCACGAAGGAUCGGUACGGUUGGUUAUUAAAAAUGGCCAGAUAGUAGCCGCAUACGACUAUCUACCGUACGGUGAGCUGCUGCGAACGUACGGCGCAGAUCCGGACCAUCAUCUCGACUAUCGCUUUACGGGAAAGGAAUGGGACGAAGAAACGCGUCUGUACGACUUUCACGCUCGCUUGUACGAUCCCGAACUCGGACGCUUCCUGCAGAUGGAUCCGAAAGAACAGUACGCCAGCCCGUAUCUGUACGCCGGCAACUCUCCCGUCUCUCUGGUCGAUCCUGAUGGUCAGUUCGCUUUUCUGCUGGUGGCUGUACUAGCUGUAGGCGGAGCGUACAUUGGUGCAUCGGCAGCUAACAACUCGUGGAACCCCACCAAAUGGACACUGAAGAAGGCACUGAUUGGGGGGCUGGUUGGUGGUGUGAUCGGUGCCCUGGCACCGUUUGGUAUCAGCGGUUCAGUCACAUUUCUAUCCGGCUACAUCGGCACAACGGCGGCCAUCGGUGUAGUAACAGCGACCUCGGCCGGCUUUGCCUACGUAAGCUUAGCAUCCGCCACCGGCAGCUGGGACCCGAGCAAAUGGGACUGGACGCAACCGGGCACAUGGAAUGCGCUGUUCGUCGGUGCUCUCACCGGGGCCACACUGUUUAAUGCUGUCGGCGGGAUCCAGAAAGCUUUCCUUGGAUACACCGGACUAUCACGCACGGCGUUCGUCAUCGUAACGAGUGGAACGACCGGCGGGUUUCUGCUUUACUCCGGCAGCUUGGCUAACGAUGGCAAUCUUCGCUUCUGGGAAUGGGACUGGAGCAAACCUGCGACGGUGUGGGGUGUCAUGGAAGGUGCCAGCUUUGGUCUAUCCAUCUCACCCAAGCUUAACUCGGUCACGCAGCAGGUCGCUGGUCGUUUGGAAAAGCUGAAGGAGAUUGGAAAAGCUAUCAAGGUGAACGAUUUCAAAGCAGUGGGCACACUGCUGAAGGAAGAGGCUAAAGCCUGGAAGCAAAUAUACACGAGUGUUAUCACGGGUGAAACGGUACAGGACGCAAUUACGGCCGGAAAGGCGGCAGGAAGUCCGGGUGGUACCAUUCUGUUGGACAAAAUUCCCCCCGAAGCAAUGAAGGUGAUCGACGAAAUCUUAACAAUCGAAAAGUUGUUUUUUAAAUUUCAGAAGCAACCGCAAAAGCGAGACAUUGCGUACAGUAAUGCCACGCAGUUAUUGCCUGAUUUUGAAAGCGCAAAGAAUGGGGUUAGCUUAAGCCAGCUGGAAUACUUUAAUGAUUAUCCACAAGAUAUGCUUCUAACAGUGUCUAGCUCAAGUAAAAUCUCGAGUUGGAUAAAUAAUGUAGUUAAGACCAUUUUCGGUACGGUAGACGAUGGUGAGAGCAAGCAACAGGAUCCCCAAAGUGCAAUUAUUCCAUUUUCCGUUCGUAAAAAAGCACCUCGUAAAAGUUUCCAGCUAUCCAACUGUUUUAACACGUUUUCGGAAGGCAAACCGAACGCAUCCAUAUGCUACGAACAGUAUGGACUUUCUUACGUGUUCCCUCACAACGUUAGCAAUGUUAUUAGCAUGACCGAAGAUCACUACUCUCUAUGCUAUCCAAUAGAAUAUGAUGGGAUACCUUCAGCCACUUGUUCAGGAAGUCAAAGCUCGUACGUCUAUACUCCGUACAAUCGGCCCCUAAACUAUCUCGACCAUCUGAACGGAACUCUUACACUGCUCCGCGUGGCUCCUGCUGCUGUGAAGCAAGUAGCAUCUUUUGUCGGUAAUUUAUUAUUUGGAAGCAAGCAAAACCAAGAAAGGCAACAUGUUUCUCAGCAAGAGCAGACAAAAGUAGCUGAAAUGUUAUUUGACCUGCAGCAAACGGUUAGAGAAUAUCGGUACUAUGGUGACAAUGUAAAUUACUGUAGCUGGUUAGAAAAUGUGUUGCAAGAUAUUGAAGAUGAUGCCAACGUGUUUCUAUCGUCCAUACACCCUACAAAAACAGUCUACUAUCAGCUGAUCGAUCGUAUUCAUGCUCUUAGCGAUGAACUGAACGAAAGCAAACAAAUUAUGAUGUACAACACGUUCAGGAACAACGCUUGUCUAUUUAAUAAUUCUAAUUACAAUAAGCUCUCAUAUGAGUUGAACUCUACCACAGUUUUGCCAAAUCCAAUUGUUAGUUUUGCUUCAUCAGGUGUGGCGACUUCAGACAAACGAAUAAUUUGAUUAGGUGCUAAAAAAAAUUCAUUCAAAAUAUAUAAUGAUGUGGAUUUGAUUUAGAAAAUAUCGUUUUUUUAAAUAAAAUCUAAGUUGAAUAGUUUGGGUAAAUCGAUCCUGCCAUUGGAUGAAUCAAGAAAUCGAAUCUGUGCCUCUUUUGCCAUUCUGAUGAAAAUAUGGCUAAAAUACAUAAAACAAUAAGACAAUUUUUCAUUCAUUAUUUUUAAAAUAUAAACAAUUUUUUUUAUAUUCAAAGGCUUCUCAAACAAAACAAAAGUGCUAUACGAAAUGAUAGUUUUUCGCCAAAUUUUAGUUUCAUUAUAUAAGUUCCAGUAGAAGAGACGUCAAUGGUGCCGGUCUUCCUAUCCCGUAGUGAGAGCUGACUAUCCUAUGCGUGGUAUCAUUAAGUAUUGUAAGUCAAAAAUGGCAGGCAGUACUGAAGGCAUGGUCGUUAGGCCAAGAAAAGAGAGAGAUAGAGAGCAUUUGAUUAUACCGGCUAGAAGUUUCGAAAGCAGUAGUUUGAAAACCGAAUAUAAAGGUGAUCUUAUUCGAUUGCCGUCCUUGGCCUUGGCCCUACAAUCUCGAGAGGUCUCGGCCUGCCAAUUUCUGGCUUUCUGUGUCUUAAUUUUACACGUAGCAAAGUAGUAAGCCCUGCGCGUACAAGGAGGAGGUCUGGAUGGGAUAUGAACCUCGGUCCUGCCGUUUGAAGAUCGGCCCCGAUAUCACCUCGGCCACCAGUCCACCCCAUGUUCUUAUAAUACACUAUCUCAUUUCACUAUAGUGUAGCAUCCCUGCUAUACAUCUGAAAAACACGUCAUGAAAAACAUACAUUUCAUAAGCAUCGUGCGGUGCAGACAGUGGUCAGCAACUAAGCGUAAAACUUUAUCCACUCCGAACCAUCGCAAACAAAUAGAACAAAACAGACAUAAUCAUAACGAUACAUUUCAUGCGAGCCUAGCAAUCGAUCACACCGCGACAAACUCAUCCAUCACGACACAUUUUAUGCAAGCGCAGCGUUCGAUCGCCCCGAAACAAGCAAAUCUAUGAAUGAUAAUUUCAUAUCAGCAGGUUAACGAACAAACCAACGGAAACGACUCAAAUCAAAACCACCCUAAGGAAAAUCCCAUAAGUAACUUGCCGUCUAUGCUCUUGCCGUCUACCUAGAAGUUACGCAAUAACGUAAAAAAGUUUAACCUAAUUUAAGGCGAAUGAACUAACCAUAAACUAAGAAAUUUUUGGUAUAAAUAAAGCUGUCUUUCCCAACCAACAAGAGAGUUGGUUCUGGGCUGAGACUUGACGCAAC